CGAGCAGCUGCCUCUUUGUUGACUAACCGAACUUCCUUCACAUUUUCGUCGCGUCGUCGUCAAGUGAAUUUUGGAUUAUCGUCUACGUCAUUAUAAUAUUAUGGUGUAAUUUCUCCUUGGCUGAGUUGCAGAUCAAGAAAAUUUCAAACGAAAAUGGAUACUAAUCGCGGUUUCCAGUUGUCCCAACAAUGGAAGCAAUGUUUGGCAGCACUUGGCGUCUCGGCUGGAAUAUCCAGUUGGGGAAUGUUCGUCAUUUGGCUGAGCUUGGAGCCCAAUGUAUUGAGUAAUUGGAUCUCCACGUUAGUGAUGAUAAUUGGAUCAAUGGUGGGUGCAGUUAGUGCGGAUACCUUCGGACGCAAAAGAACUUUGCUAGUGAUGCUGGUUAUGAUCUUGCUGCAAUUGUUCCUUGGGGGGUAUACAUUAAUCAUGUCUCAUUACGACUACGGAUUCUCCAUCACGUUGAUAAUUCUCUUGGCGUUCAUCAUCGGUGCAACCAGCACUGUGGUCCCAGUUUACCUAUCCGAAAUCGCGGGUACGAACAUCCGUGAAAUUCUGAUGCUGAUGCCACUGCCAGGCUUCUGCAUUGCGAUGAUAAUCGCUUUAUUGGUAUACAUCAAUCAACCAACUGAUUUACUUACUACUUAUUUGGUCGGUUGCUUGGCCGUUGUCAUGAUGCUGUUUCACGGAGUCGUGUUGAUAACUUGCCCAGAAACGCCGUACUACUUGAACUGGAAGGGGAAGCAUGAUGAAGCUGAGAAUUCUUUGAAAUUCUACACGAAAUCGGACUACCUCAGAGUCCCAGAAGACGUUUCGAAACUUAAUGAAAAGCAAAAUGCAGACGGAUUUUUGCUGGAAUGGAAAUUGAAGAUGAAGGAACUUGUAAGAAAAGAGAAUCUGAGAAGAUUGGCGAUCGUUUUUUCCCUGAUAAUCAUCAAAUGGGUGAUCGGAGGCCGCCAAAACUUUGAUAUCGUCGAUGAAUUGAUGUACUGCACUACCGAUCCCUUAUUUUUUCUGAUCCUAAUACCGAUGCUAAUGUUUAGCAUUUUCUUCAUACUGUGCGUCAAUCUUUUCAAAAAGAAACCAGCGUUGUUGGUGGCGAUCGCAUUCAGUUUUGCGAGUACCGUAAUCGAUAUCAUCUUUCCAGGGCUGCCGAUUAUAGUUGUUUGCCUGAAGUUUCUGUGUCACGCUAUUCUCGUGGCCGUGAUCCUUGCUCAGGUCGGAAACUUGUUCCCAACGAACGUAAAGGCAGUGGCUAUUGCCAUAGUGACAAGCUUUCAGCUUCUGACUAGAAAUUUGUACGAUUUGAUUGAAGGUACAUUAUUGUACGGCUAUGGGUCAUAUCAUCACAUUCAUUGGGAAGUUAAAUCGUACGUCGAUGCUGCUCUUAUCGUCGUGAUCUUUAUCUUGGCUUUGACUCUGUACCCCAAAAGUACCGAAGCUUUUUCCGCGAAAACAUCCGAACAUUAUUCCACUCGAACCACGGGACCUUUAGUCUUUAGAUGCGAUAAAACUGGUCUAGAAUCGGGAGUUGUUACCUGCGAAAUCAAGCGAUAAUGGAAUCGUGGAAUUUUGUGUCCUAUAGAAAAAUAAUCACUUACUAAUGAUAAACUUUUGUCUGUAUUUGUUGAAAAUGAGUAUCUUUUAUCUGAAUAUAAGCUUAUUCUAUAAUUAAACUGGUGCAAGCAUAAAAUUUCAUUUGAUUAAAUUGAAAUUCAUCGCUACCCAGAUAAUACAUUUUUUUUUUAUACGAACAAGUUAAUUUUCUGUACUUUCUCGUAUUCUGGGUGGGAAAAAUCAGCAUUUUAUGGAAUGAAAGUCUAGUAUCGACGAGCGGUUAAGAAAGUAAACUCUAUAACCACAAGAGAUGUUAAUCAGGGUACUUUUGGGUUCAAUGUCGUCGCUACUCUGAAAUCAGCGAAAUGAGAAAAGUGUAAGAAGUGAUACGGAGAUGAUUUAUAUUUAAAUGUAGAGUGAUUUCUUGAAACAGUAAGGAGUGUAAAAGUGUUUAAUUAAGCGAAAUAGAUUUUCGUUAGAGUGGGUCUUGUUGAGUUGUGCAGUAGAAGUUAAUUGGUUGAAUUUCGAAGUAGAAGUCAACCAGAAAUGAAGGUAUAAAUGCAAGAAAAGAGAGACAGGAAAAAGAUUGUAAAAUUAUUGAGAAAAAAGUUGGAGAGUUAGUAGAAUGAUUUUAGCUAUGUAAAUUAGAAUUUCGGUCAAGGGGUAAGCGUUGAGUUUGUAACGAUUCAAACAUGCUCGCCUCAAUUCAAAAGCAGUACUCAUUGUCAGUUGCACUUGACUAUCAGUGUCCAUCACGUGGUAUCUACCUUGCUUCAUACCGAAUGACAUAGAUAUAUAUAUAUAUAUAUAUAUAUACGUUUUAAACGAACGUGUCGCCAUUAUUGACGUUGACAGAUCUUCGAUAUCGGCAACCAAAAGUCAAGUUACUAUUAAGAAGACCAUUUAAAACACUCAAACAAUCAAAACUUCCACUAUACCUAUAAAAAUUUAAGAAAGACUUUGGGAAAAUAAAUAAAAAAAAAAAGUACAGAGAGACAAUUUUAGUGAAAGUC